AAAAGAUAUAAAAGGCAUCUGUUCGCUCUCUCUGGAUUGUAUGUUGAUUUCUUUUCACUCUCUGUGUCCAGCUACGGCUCUGGAGGGAGGUGUCUGAGUGAAGAGAAAACAUGGGUUGGUUUCUUUGCUCUGGAAAAUCAAACCAAGCUACCAAGAAAAAGAGGAAGAAGCCCGUUGAUCAGAUCCAAGUCCAAACCACUUCUGAGAAAUUGAAGGCAAAUCCUUCCUUCAAUGUGAAGGAAGCCUCAAAGAAUGGAGGGCCUGACCACAUUGCAGCACAGACAUUCACAUUCCGUGAAUUGGCAGCUGCUACUAAAAAUUUCAGGGGAGAAUGUCUUUUGGGAGAGGGGGGUUUUGGUAGAGUAUAUAAAGGUCGUAUUGCAAAUACUAAUCAGGCUGUAGCUAUCAAGCAACUUGAUCGUAAUGGAUUGCAAGGGAAUCGGGAAUUCCUAGUCGAAGUAUUGAUGUUGAGUCUGCUUCACCACCCUAACCUUGUUAAUCUAAUUGGCUAUUGUGCUGAUGGAGAUCAAAGACUACUAGUCUAUGAGUACAUGCCACUGGGAUCUCUUGAAGAUCAUCUACAUGAUGUUUCACUUGGUAAGAAACGACUGGAUUGGAAUACAAGAAUGAAAAUAGCUGCUGGGGCAGCAAAAGGAUUGGAGUAUUUACAUGACAAAGCCAGCCCCCCUGUUAUAUACCGUGAUCUAAAAUGCUCCAACAUUUUGCUUGGUGAGGAUUUUCAUCCCAAGUUAUCUGAUUUUGGCUUGGCCAAACUUGGGCCUGUUGGAGAUAAUACCCAUGUGUCUACAAGGGUUAUGGGCACCUAUGGAUAUUGUGCCCCAGAGUAUGCAAUGACAGGUCAACUGACUCUGAAAUCAGAUGUUUAUAGCUUUGGGGUUGUUCUUUUGGAAAUCAUAACAGGCAGGAAAGCAAUUGACAAUUCAAAAGCUGCAGGAGAGCAUAAUCUGGUUGCUUGGGCAAGACCCCUGUUCAAAGAUAGAAGGAAAUUUUUACAUAUGGCAGAUCCAAUGCUACAAGGUCAGUAUCCUUUAAGAGGGUUGUACCAAGCACUUGCAGUUGCUGCAAUGUGUGUUCAGGAGCAACCUAAUCUGCGCCCACUUAUAGUUGAUGUUGUCACCGCUUUGACUUAUCUGGCCGCACAAACAUAUGACCCUGACACUCAGCCAGUCCAAAGCUCCAGAGUCGCCCCUUCUACUCCACCUAGAGCCAAAAAGGAUGGUGAUAGGAAGCUCCCAAGCAGUGCUGGAUCGCAAAAAGAUCGAACCCGAAGACUAAAUUAAGCGUUCUUGGUUACUAGUUGCUGGGAUGCCUUCUAACACUCAGCAGAAUGCCUUUAGCCCUGCUACCCAUGCCUACUCAUUCCAACUAAAGAUCAGAUGUUAAUAUGGACAGCAUUGUAAAUUCUGGUUAGUUGGCUUCAACUGAAUGGAACCUGGUUAUGAAACUUUGUAUUACUUCAGAGAGUGGUGCUCUUCACAAACCUGUGUUCCUUAUUUAGAGGAAAUUUCUGUUUUACUUUUUUGACUGUAUAUCUGAACCCUGGUUGUAUCUGCCUGCCUUCUCUCUUGGCAUUGGUUUUUCCCUCUCUAUGUUUUAAUCCCCAUUUGCUAUUUAGUCUUCAUAUGUC